GUGACGUAGUGGCGCGAAUAAGGGAAAUUCGAUGGUCUUUUGAACAAACAAACGAUAAAAAGUAAUGUGUAUGUAUAUUCUGUGCAUACGUGACACAAUUUGUGUUUUAAACACAAAAGACAAUUUGUAAUGUAUUUUUUUAUGUUAGCUCAGCCGGUAAAAGGAAUGUUUGGUAAAGUUUAGCACGGGUUGUGCGUUUGACAGUUUGACAGUCGUACUUACUGUUUGUCAAGUAACACAUUAGAAUAAUUCCAGGUCAUUUCGACUAUUACUGCCAUAUACUCUACAAUUUUGACCGAGUUGGCCCCCCAGAAGCAGGCAUCAUGUCCAACGGAGACAAGGAAGGCUUCAUUGUCAAGUUUGUGGUAAGCAAAGGACAGAAGUCAGAGUACACCGCUAAGGCUUAUGAGGCUAUAUUGGAGCUGCAGUCUGAAAAGUACCUGAAGAGGAUCGAUGAGGACGCUGUAUUAAAGAUGGACCAGAAGGACAAAUCUCUUUUUGUCUUCAGUGACUUCAACACUCCUGCCUUCCAGCACUGCAAGAAUCUUGGCUGCCGAGUUGUGAGUCCUUUGGUGGUGGUGUUCUGCCUGCAGCAACAGCGCUGCGUCCCCAAAGCGGAGAAGCCUGUCCACAACAUGGCCAUGGCCGAUGUCACCGUCUCCUGCACCAGCCUGGAUAAAGCAACUCGGUCAGAGGUGAUGGAUUUAGUGCAGCUCAUGGGAGGGCGAAUCUAUCUUGAUCUCAAUGUGUCCGUCACACACCUGAUUGCUGGCGAGGUGGGCAGUAAAAAAUACCUUGUGGCUGCCAGUCUGGGUAAACCCAUCCUGCUUCCCUCCUGGGUCAAAGCCUGCUGGGAGAAAUCUCAGGACAGUCUAUUCAGGUACACGGAGCUCGCCAUGGAGGACUAUCUGUGUCCCGUGUUGCAAGGUUGUACCGUGUGUGUGACAGGUCUGUCCAGCGCAGAACGCAGAGAGGUGCAGCGGCUCUGUGAGCUGCACGGCGGCCACUACACGGGUCAGCUCAAAAUGAACGAGUGCACACACCUCAUCGUUAGCGAACCAUCAGGUCAGAAGUACGAGUGUGCACGGAAAUGGAACGUGUAUUGCGUGUCUCUACACUGGCUCUUUGAUAGCAUAGAGAAGGGCUCCUGUCAGGAUGAAUCCCGCUACACCGUGGAGCGCAACGCAUCUAAAAGCACUCGGCCACACACGUCUACACCCACCGGCACCGGCAAGAAGGAAGAGGGUCCAUCUCUGUUGGGUUUGAGUCACAUCUCUGUCAACGCCAGCAUGACAAUAAAUGACACAGCCCUCACUAAUGCAAGCGUCAGCCGUGUGGACUCUCCAGACCCCAUAGAGAGUCUGGAUCUGACCGUGUGCCCAGCAGAGGACAUCCUGGACGGCUGCAAGCUGUAUCUCUGUGGCCUGCCCAUGAAGAGGCUGGAGAAGCUGCGGCGUGUGGUGAAUGUGGCAGGGGGUCUUCGCUUCAACCAGCCAAGUGAGAAGCUCACACAUGUGGUCAUGGGAGAACUGGACCAGGACCUCAAGAAUUUUCUCUCCAAAGCAAGUCACAGACCUCAUGUGGUUACGGUCCAGUGGUUGCUGGACAGCUUCACCAAAGGCUGUCUUCUCCCAGAAGAAGGCUUCCUUCACCCUGACUGUCUACCUCCCACCCAGGUGGGAGUGUCUGUACCGGCUCAUCGCUCUCCUGCCUCCAGGUCCUCAGCUGGACCUUCCGCAGCAAGUCCCAGCUCCCCCAUGCAGAGGCAAGCAGAGGAGGACCUGUUGUCACAGUACAUGGACGAUGACCCGACAGUUGUUGACAUGCCGCCACCAGCUGUGUGUAACAGCAGGAGGUCCAUCAGUACAGUGUUUGUGCCCCAGCUGCAGUCCUGGUCCCAUAACCACAGCACGAGACCAGAAUCAGAAUCUACCAUGCAAGAGGCAAGCGAGGCAGGUCUCUUUGCUGGAAAAUGCUUCCUUCUGCAGGGCUUUGGCUCAGAGGCCGAGGCCCAGCUCUCCUUGACAGUGACGGAGAACGGAGGCCGGGUGCUGGUGAGCUGCACGCGCGCCGUCGCCGACUACGCCGUAGUCCCUCUCUUAGGCUGUACUGUGGAGGCCACGGUGGAUGAGGUUGUCACUGAUACGUGGCUGGCCAUGUGUGUGGAGAAGGAGUGCGUUCUGGAGCUCUCCUCCAAUCCUCUCUUCACUCCUGUUGCUGUGAUGGAUGGACGUUUCCCUCUCAAGGAUUGUGUCCUCUCUGUCAGCCAGUUCAUAGGAGCAGAGAGGGAGUCCCUGGUGGAGCUGGCUAAGCACCUGGGAGCCAAUGUCCAGGACUACUUUGUGCGCCUGGCUAACCAGAAAAAAGGAAUGUUGGCCAGCACUCAUCUGGUGCUACAGAGCCCUGAUGGCACAAAAUACCAGGCAGCAAAAAAGUGGGGGCUUCCAGCUGUCACCAUGCACUGGUUAAUGGCAUCGGCGAGAACUGGCCAGAGGGUGGCUGAGGAGCGAUUCCUGGUUGAUAUGCCAUCUUCUCCAGAUGGGGAGGACGAGAGUUUUGUUGGUGCUUCCCAGAGGACAUCCUUGCCUCCGCCAGCGCUCUCCUCUCCAGAGAUCCCCCUGCUUGGUCUUCAGAGCGGUAAGGCGGUCACGCCGUUGGAUUUAGGACGCUUCCAGAGCAAAGUGUUCCGCUCGGUGUUGAACGAGAUGAAAUCCAAGGAGGAUGAUGUCAGCGCGCCCAAGCAAAAGCAUGAGGGCGGUAGAAAGAACCCUCUCUGCAAGGAGCCCUCACUGCAGCUGGACACGCCGUCUCGUUUUCUCAGCAGAGAUCAGCUCUUCAGGCCCUCCUUCAAUGUCAAGGAUGCUUUAGGAGCACUGGACACUCCAGGUGGGAGAUCUAAGCCUGGCCAGAGGGCAGAGACUCCACUGACAGAGGUCAUCAACAGGAACCUGAAGGUGGCGCUGGCCAACAGCACCCGCAAUAACGACGUCUCCGACAUGCAAGCAACCUCAGCCAGCCCACAGCUGAGCACAGCCAGGAAGGAGGUUGGUGAUUGGCAGCUGCAGGUCAUUUCCAACAGUUCAAAUCAUUCGUGCUCAUUUUUGCUACCGCUUCAAUAUCUCAAGGUGCCAGAAAAGGAGGCGGGCCCACUGACUGGCCUUGUGAUCUGCGUGGGAAAGAAGCUGAGUAAGAUGCAGAGUGAACUGAAUGCCAUUGCCGCCUCGCUUGGCGCCGACUUCAGGUGGGCCUGUGAUGACACUGUGACUCACUACCUCUACCAAGGUCGAGUGGGAGACAACAGUCGGGAAUACAAAGCAGUGAAGGAGAGGGUGCUGCAUGUUGUCUCGCAGCAUUGGCUGCAAGCUUGUGCUGAGGAGCAAAAACAUGUUUCAGAGUCUCUGUAUCCUUUCACCUACAAUCCUAAGAUGAGUCUAAACCUCAGUCAGGUUCCCAGCAGCUCGCAGAGGUCUCCACCUUUCACACGAAUGCAACACCAAGACAUCACUGAAGCCCAAGAUGAAAAGGCUGCUGAAGAAGCUUCCACUUCCCGUCGUAUUAGUGAUGAAAGCGGAGAUCAAGCAGCAGACAGAACUGAUAUUUCACAGACUCUAGAGAUGAGAGAAAACUUGCAAAGGCAGCUCCAAGAGAUCAUGUCAGCCACAAAGCUGGAGACGGGAAGACGCACAUCAAUGCGACUCAUUCAGAUGGGGUCAGCAGGUGCCGACUCGAACCCCAGCACUCCUGAGCGUACCAGGUUUGGACGCAGUGGCGGCAGCAGACGCACCCUGGAAGCAUUAAGGGUCCCUCGGGAGGCAGUGAUGGAUUGUAAUACAGAAUCCUCCCAGAGCGAGCAGAUAUUUUGGGACGAUCCGACGGCAAGGGAAGAGAGGGCCAAGCUAGCUGACAAUCUCCAGUGGCCCGGUAGUCCUUCGCAACACUCUGAGCCUGUGGGGCCACCCCCGCAGCCCACAGCGCAAAACGAGACGCAUUUCAAGGACUCCAUGACUGACUCAGAACUGGUAGAGAUGGCGGCUUGUGAUGUCAUCAACCAGCAAAUGGGCAAGAUGGUCACGACACCACAGAAUAAAAUCCUGACUCCCACAGGCCCCAGCAUCGCCUUCCCCCUCGCCAACCCCCCAGUGGUUCCCGAGCCAGAGGAGGAGAUUGAAGAGGAGGAGAGGCAAACGCCGAGAUUCCAGCUGUCCUCCCUUAGUCCUCAGGAACGCAUCGAUUACAGUCAACUCAUAGAAGAGCUUGGUGGUGUCGUCCUGGACAAGCAGGCUUUUGACCCCAGCUGCUCUCAUAUCAUAGUCGGUACGCCUCUGCGCAACGAGAAAUACCUGGCAGCCAUGGCGGCAGGCAAAUGGAUCCUGCACCGCUCUUACCUGGAAGCCUGCCGAUCUGUGGGCCACUUUAUACAGGAGGAGGAAUAUGAGUGGGGCAGUAGCUCCAUCCUGGAUGCGUUGCCCUCCAUCAGCUCCCAGCAGAGGCGGCUGGCGUUAGCUGCCAUGCGCUGGAGAAAAGCCCUGCAGGGAUCCUCUGAAAAGGGAGUAUGUGGAGCCUUCAGUGGGUGGACAGUCAUGCUCAACAUCGACCAGAGCCGGGAAGAUGGCUUUAGACGGUUGCUGCAGUCGGGCGGGGCGAAGGUCCUGCCGAGCCCGUCCCCCUCCAUGUACAAGGAGGCUACUCACCUGUUUGUCGACUUCAAUCGACUCAGACCGGGAGACUUCAGGGUUGAUGUGUCAGAGGCCUCGGCUCAAGGAGUCACAUGCUUGAAGCCAGACUACAUUGCGGACUACCUCAUGCAGGAGCCAAUCCCUUCCGUGGAGCUUUACCUCCUCACUGAAUGUCCCCCUGAAGAGGCGCCAAGCACACCGUCACGUAAACGCAAAGCAGCAGAGAGCACAUCCAGACUGAAAAAGUCUCGUGUCCAUUAAUAACCGCACUACUACAUACAGUGCAUGCCUGCAAUGUAGCACCUCGUAUUCCCAACAAAAUACAUUGUACAAAAGAUUAGUUUUUUUAAACUCGCCUGUGAAAUAAAGUGUAGCACUUGUCAUGUUCCUCUGUCGCGUUGUAAUGUGAAAGACUGCAGUGGCUGCAGGCUGCAACUGAUUGAUGACUCU